AUGAAACUGGCCAAGGUUAGGCGGCUUUUCCAGAAAUUCAGGUCCCGUCGUCGACCAGCCUCCCACCUGCCAACCGAGGAUGAGCCCACUGAGGAUGGGCCUACUGAGGGUGAACCUGCUGAGGAUGAGCCUACCAAGAACGAGCCUACUGAGGACCGCCAAAAUAGUCGCUUUCUAACUUUGCCGACAGAACUCAUUGAAAUGAUUGUCUCUUUUCUGGAGUCUGAGGAUCUGUGUUCCCUUCGGCUUACGUGUAAUGCCUGCUAUAAACGGACCCAGCAUAGCUUUGGUCUCCUCUUCACUACAUUGAAGACGGACUUCUCGGAUGACAGUCUAAACAAGCUCCUGGCUAUAUCUCAAGACCUGCGUUUAAAGCAUCAUCCCCAGACUCUCAAAGUGACAAUCAAUUACUCCCGCGGGCGAAGGAGGCUAGGCACCGGCAUCCCAUGGGAGCGAGGCCCUACCGGCCGUCUUACGGUCCCUCAACCUCCGGUACAGAAGUUGCGUGAUAUCCUGAUUGCACUCGUCAACUGCCGGUCAUUUGAGAUCUGGAACAAUGACGGAAGAGACAAGGCCCUCGAUCUGAUACAGCCCAGCGAAUCUCUUAGGAUUAUCUUCUACAUCAUUGCCGAGGCUGCCCUACCGCUCAAAUCCCUUACCCUUGACUAUGAUGGGGGCCAUGGGAUCGAUGAGCAAUACUUGGACUUCCAGGAUCUUCGGAAAGAGGGAUUCCUCUCCUCGACGUCCAAUCUUCAAAGCCUCACGCUCCAGUGCUACCUAAGUCUUAAAAAUGUCAACUGGAUAAAUGAAGUAGCCCGAGCCGCCACCGGCCUGAAAACAUUGACGUUUAGCUGUCCGUCUGACCCAACCGAGUAUUUUCUCGAGCACAAGUGUUUGAGCGCUCUUGAGCGUGCUCCUCUCCAAAAGAUCUUCCUCCGCGGUACUGACUGGCCUACUCCGGAACAUUGCAUUGAUUUUUUCCGAUGUUAUCGUUCAAGUCUUCGGACUCUUCAUCUGCAUUUGAACACUUUAAGCAGCCCGGGGUGGUCGGCGGUUUUAGAGGAGCUCAGGGACAAUUUCCCUUUAUUGGCCAAUAUCAAAUUGUCCACACUAAGAGAGCCUGGCCCCCAGAUAAAUAUCAUUGAUUUCUACAAGCUCCCUGAAGUGUCUGGCUGUGCGUGCGUGGAUUUUUUCUCGUUUGAUCAAAUUGCCGUGGACCAGCCGGCCCCCAAGGAGUAUGGGUCUGAGUUUUUAUACGGCUUGAGAGACCGUGCUGACGGACGCAUAGUGCAGGCCGUGAAAUACAGUGGGCCAGACAUGCAGAGUGUUUUGCAACAUAUGAUCAACUCUGCCAGACUUAGUCCACUUUUGAUACGCUGGCCUGCCACAUAA